AACUCCAGGAAGCUGGAAGUGACUCAGUGCGACUUUGUUUUAUAACUUCGGUUUUAAUUCACCACUUUUUAAACCACUAAAGCUGCGUUAGUUCGGUUACUUAUCGUGUCGUCGUUAGUUAAAGCUGUUACGGUCGUCGGACGUUGAGUACUCUCCCGCAGGAGGACGAACAGGACGUUCAGUCUCUUCACAUCUGUAACUUUAAAAUGUUAGCUCCGAGUUUACUGGCUAACUUCUGCGCGGAAAACCACGAUGAGCAAACACAGAAGGUCAGUAUUGAAGUCGGGGUUAUCUCUGGAAUUAGUUUGGUAAACUUUUGAGAUAGGAUAUUUACUGUCUUGGUCGAUAUUGUAGUGAGAAAUUAAAAAUAGGGGUCAAGCAGGUAGCAGGACUUCCUAGCAUGUUAUAACUGAGUGGCGUCAUCACGUCACCCCUCACUCUGCGUCAAAAUCUACCUGAGGUGACUUUGGUCAAAAUCACCCGUUCGGAAUAUUUCCCCAUACAAAUUUUUGUAAUUUAACAAAGAGUGUAGCUGUACAAAGCGGUUUUGCAGUAGAAUUUGUCUGUAUUGGUCUCUAUGGAUGGUUCUUGCUCACUGAAGUCAUUGCUUGUCAUGUAGAGAGACAUAGGGGAGAGUGGGGUAAGAUGAGCCGUUUUUCAUAUUUCAGAUCACUACAUCAAGGCAAUCAUAGUUUCCUCUCUAACGAGUGUAUCUGAAUAUAUUUUAAGAUGUUGUUCAUCCCUGCAAACCAACAGAAUGAGUGUAAACAUAACUGUCUUUAUAAUAUAGCAUGGCAAAAAAAGUCGUCUCCUAUGGUCAACUUACCCCGUGUAUGGGGUAAGACCGUCGGUUGUGUGGCAGUGGUUCGGGUAUCUCCAAAGUGAUGUCAAGAAAUCAUGCCGAUGUGUAAGGAAUGUCGGCGGUUGGUGCCCUCAAAAACCGGCAACACAACAGAUCUGUUUAAUAAAAUGUUGAACUUAUCUCUAGUUUCUUCAGUGUUUAGUACAGAUGCUUUAAAAUUGGCAGUUUAAAAACAAAUCGUGACAAUAAUCGAGAUCGGACGAUAUUAAAAAAUAUAUUGUGAUCAUUUUUUUUGCCAAAUCACCCAGGCCUACUUCACAGACUCCAUGAAUUGAUGCCCAUCUCUUAGAUUUUUGGUCACAUGAUCAAUUUCAUUCACCAUUUCCAAGCAACAGGGGUAGGCUCAACUUACCCCACUCUCCUCUAUUAUGUUUACAUUACAGGUAUCACUAGUCAGCUGUCUGUCAUGCAGUUGAUGGAAACCUUGUGGGUUUGUAGUUAAACCUCACUCUCUUACUAAAUCUGUAUAAAAUGUAGUAAAUUACAGUACUUUCCACAUUUUUUUAUGUACAAAUAUAAGUAUUUAUCUGAAUAACUACUUGAAAAAGUGCAAGGAAACAAAAAGUUAUCAUACACUGUUAUGGGAGUUGCAUAAUAAGUUAUUUUUCUGCACCUGCUUAUUGUCACAAAACCAUGGCUGACCAGGACAAUUUAAUAAUAAUAAAAAAAACUUUUGUUAGUGCACAUGUUCUUUAUACUGUUGUAGUUAAUAUUGACUUUGAAAAGGACUGUAGAAACAGCUAGACUCCCUUUUUGCUACAUAGUCAAAUGGUUUAAUUGGUUUAAUUGCACAUUAUUAUUUUCCUUUGUACAACUUCUUGCUGAAGGACACUUCAAACCCUCCUGCUUUUGAAUUGCAGUUAAAAGGAAGGUAUUUUUCACAGUCGUCCUGCUGUUAGUGAACUCAUUAUGAGUGGCUUGCAGGAGUUCUGGUCGAACUUCCUUCAAGGUAUAAUCAUUUAUCAAUACCAACUUGAACAUGUACUGCGGCUGCCUAUGUAUAUAUAUCUGGUACAUAACAGCCUGUGAGCUGUAAAUGAUAAAGAAAGGGUCUUGUGAGAUGGCUCUUCGUGUGCCCUCAAGGAUGGGAAAAUGGAGGCAAUCUUUUGAGAACAUUAGGGCCUGCUUGUUUGCUUUCUUCUUAGCAAGCCUGCCUCCUCGAACACCUGCCCUACUAAUUCUAGGGAAUGCUGCAUUAAACUGCUCAAAAGCACAAAAAAGUCCCAAAGGUCAUUCAAACGUGCUUUCACAACUAUUCAUCUGGUGAAAACUAGAAAAUAGAGGACCAUGAUAAUCAUGCAUUACAGGAGUAUGUUGUUCUCAAAGGGCCCAUUGCUUUGCUAACAGGAGGGGAAAAAAUUGAGCAUUUCAGUCUGAAAUAAAACUGAUAGAUAAUGCAAUAUGUUCCUGAUUUCACCCCCAGUACCUUUUUAAAGCAAGAAUGUUCAAAUCAACACCAUUGGUUGGCAAGGCAACCAACGUCUUUCGCCUGACCUGCUCCAGAGGGGGUUAUGCUCAGUUAUCCUCAUUAAAGUUUGCUGUGAAAAGUCGGUAAAAGAAGCCAUGAAGUUUUCGCUACAGAAACUUCUUUGUACUUAACAGAUGUAGAACUGAUUAUUCAGGAUCAUCUUUAAUAAAUACAAUAACUAUUUCUAUGAUUUCACCAAUAAAAGUCAUAUUUACAGACACUCACUACCUCCUCUUUUAGUUAGAGGUAGUUUUUCCACUGAUUGGCAUCAAGUGUAGAGGGGGGGUGUCUGCUCACAAAGGCAGCAGUGGGGAUUGUUGCACAGAUUGAAACAGAGAUGAAACAUCUGAAAAAAAUAGGGGUUGGAAGCACAGAAUAGUGCUGUGCUUGUGCUUUUGAUUUCCAUUUCACAUCUCUUUUCCUUUAGAACGCAUUUACAUUGUAGAAAAACUAUACCUCUGUGCACCCAUGUGCUCACUUUGGUUUUUCAGUGUUCAGGCACUAAUGGGAUAAUAGAGAGGGGUCAUUACAGCACUGCUCUCCCACAAAUCCCCCCCACCACCACCAUUUUCAACACAGGCAUAAAAGCCACUACGCCUGACCCCUUCUAUCCUUCACGAUUCCAUCACUCUUUCUUCUCAGCCUGAGAAUGAUUAUAUGGCCGCUUGUGUUCAGAUUAUUACCGAACUCUAACUGAUAUGUGGUGGGUCCAGGCUACAAGGAUCAUACACAUGAACUUGCUUUGAUGCAGAAUCUUUGUGUUAAGGGUUAUGAAUGACUUGUUUUCUCAUAUCUGACAGCAUGCGUGUCAGUCAGCAAUACAUGGGUCAAUGACGUAUAAGUAUUAAUGUUUCUGUUACAGAAAUUAGAUUUUUUAGUUUGUAUUUAAUACAAUUAAUGUUAUUAUUGGUCACACCACAUGAUAUUUUGACAUUUGAAGUUUAGAAAAACUACAAAUAAGACCUGAUUUUUGAAAAGUUGAAGUGACUACAUAUAGGAAGUAUAUUUUUGUGCAUUUAAACCUUUUUUAACUUAAAAAAACUACAGCCGGACAGAAUAUUUAGGCGUCACGUCAUUGACCCACAUACAAAGCUUUUUUUAUACAUCGCAAGUGCACACCGCCUAUAAGAUGCUGCUGUUUUCCCAUUGACUAACGUCUUGUUGAGACUCUGAGGAAUAUAGAAACCUUUUCUAAAGAAAGAUGGAUUUCAGGCUCCUUUUUUAAAAAGCAAACCUGUCUUUCUGUGAGAGUUGUUGAUUUACUUUUGCAUGUAACAUUCAGUGCUUUUUAAGACACUGUUGGACUCCCUUGUCAGAAUCCCAAGCUCCCCCUUGUCAUGAUUUCUCUUCUCCUCUAUUGAUUUAGGUGGACAGAUACCUCCUCCAUUUUCAGCUGUCAGUUGAGACUAUUAUGGAUGUGUCCGUAAGAUUUCGACGAGAGAUGGACAAAGGCCUGUGCAGAGACACCAAUCCUGCAGCUACUGUCAAGAUGUUGCCCACGUUUGUGCUCUCCACUCCGGAUGGAACAGGUAAUUUGGCUACGCAACUCCAACCAACCAGUUUAGACAAGGACAAGCAUAUAAAGCUGGGAAGGUUAAUGAAUGGGUUGAGACACAAACAUUUGUUUUGUUUUUGUAUUGAGUUAUUUAGGAGAAAAAAAUUGAAAAAAGUUCUUUUGAGUUAAGGCCAGAAGACCAGCAGGAAUUUGAGGACAUGGGUGACUUUAAAAAUGAAUUAAUUUGUGACAUUCUACAAACAUUUAACCGCUCAGUAAGUUGAGAAAAUUAGUUUCAAGUGACUGAUAAUUUGUUGCAGUGCUGCUUCAAACGAAGUGAACUUUUUGAUUGAUGUUUUAAUUACUUUCAAUGAUUAACAAUUGGAGAUUGUAACAAAAAUACAAAAACUAGAGGCAUAUUUUUGAAAGGGGAUGAUUAUAAGAUGAUAAAAAGUUGCAGAAGAAACUCUUUUUUUCUCUCUAUCUGUGAAAUUCUGCUUAUUAUUGUUUGUUAAUUUUCUUUUUUCAUAGAACAAGGUGAAUUUCUGGCCCUUGACCUCGGCGGAUCGACCUUCCGAGUGCUCCUGGUCAAAGUUAGGGCUAAUGGCAAACAAGAAGUGGAGAUGGAAGACCAGAUUUAUGACAUUCCUGAAAACCUUAUGAGAGGCAGCGGGUCUGAGGUAAGCAGUGUUUCUUAUUUUGAUGACAGUUCAGUGCCACUGAUCAGCUGUUGAGAGAGUUCAUGGCCCCACAUAGGCAGGAAGUCCCACAUACACAUAGUUAAGUUCACAUACAAACACAGAAUAUUUAUCGGAAGCCUGAGUUUUCAGUUUGAUUAAGAACAAAUCAUCCUUGUGUCUUCUCUGCAGUUAUUCGACCACAUUGCUGACUGUCUGGCUGACUUCAUGGAGAAGAUGGGAAUAAAAGAUAAAAAGCUUCCUCUGGGUUUCACCUUCUCUUUUCCCUGUCAGCAAACCAAACUGGACGAGGUGAGUGAUUUGAACCAGCCUUGCUCUACUGCCUAAUGUGAGUGAAAUUCAACUUGCACCUCUAUUUUAGCCUCAUCCAAAGAAUAGAAAUAGAUUUAAAGACAGGAGCAAAUGUGUCUGCAAAUUAACAAAAUGUUCCACUGCCUUUCUCAGUUUGCCCUGUCAGCACACGGUAUUGAUCAGUGACCUUUUAUGCUGAUCAUCUAUGGAUUAGAUUUGUUUUCUUGAUGCCCAUACCAUCAUGUGCCAAACAUGAAAUUACAAUUGUAAUUACAAAAAGAUGGGACACGGGUAAAUAUUAAUGUAAAAAGCUGAUUUUGGUGAUUUGCAAAUCUUGAAACCCUUAAUUUAAAUUGUGCCAAGAACUUUUUUUUUUUUGCUGUUUUAUGAAAACUAUACACUGUUUUUGAAUAUUAUGCAUGCAACAUGCUUAAAAAAAAUCUGUCCAGGCAUGUUGCAUCACUUUAAUUUUUUAAAAGACCUGCUAAAUUUUUGGGAAUAGAUUUUUAGGAGAGCGGUUUAUGGAGGUUUGACAGAGAAAUGUUGUCCCAUUCUUGCUUGGUAUAGGAUUUCAGCUGCUCAACAUUUCAUGGUGCACCCAGUGUUUCAAUGGAUGACAAAUCAGGACAACAGGCAGGCCAGGUUAGCUCUUGGACUCUUUUGCUGGGGAACAAUGCUUUUUAUGUUUGAUUUCUAGAGUGGACUUUUGAGCUUACGCUGGGAUUUCAACUUUCAAAGUCAUGCUUGUUAUUAAUGCAAUGCCACUUGAGGGCACAAAAUUGUGCCCAAUUAAGCUGCUUUUUGGCCGGGUCCUUUUUCUGCAGAGAUUUUUCCAGGUUCUCUGAAUUUUUAAAUGAUACCAUGUUCUGCAGAUAAUGAAAACCUCAGAUUCUCUGCAAUUGAACAUUGAGGGAUAUCAUUUAGAAAUUCUUGAAGUAUUUGCUUUCACAAAGUGGUGAAGCUCUUUUCAGCUGUACCUCUGAGAGACUCAGCCUCCUGCAAAUGCCAUUUUUAAACCAAGUCAUAACUAACCUGCUUUAAAUUAACCCAAUCAGGUGAUGUUCAUUGUACAUUCAAGCAUUCCUCCUUCAUUAAUGUGAUACAGGAUUUUUGUGUUGUGGAUGGAGUUCCUCCGAUGCUACAUUACAGGCCAUGCUGAAACUGGUGACCAUUUCAUUCUCUAUAUUAAAGCAAUUACUGGGUUCACACCAUUUCAUUGUGGUGGCUCCACUUAACACACAGAGCCUGGAGGCGAGAUCCAGGAAAUGGAGUGUAAUUGAUCAGCCAGCAGCAGCAACAACUACUUAUUGAUAGCUGUCUUUAUUGUCAAUAACUGCACCUGCACUGAAUAGUGCCUUUCCGGUCUUCUGACGACUGAAACCAUUUUUUAUGUUUCUCUAGCCCCAGUGCAGGCUGGGAGAACAAUCAAAUGGAGUGCUGGCCUUGCCUGUUAUUCCUUAUGCACCAUGCAGCAGUAUGAACCAAUCAUCUCCCUUCUUAUUUUUUCAUUAGCAGCUGCGCCUGCCAGUUCCUCUAAUAAAGUCCCUCUUUCCUUUCUCCUUUUACCUUUGUACAAAUACUCUGCUCAACCAUUUCUUGUACACUGCCCCUAGUUUCGUCAAAUCCUGCAGAUAUGCCAACUUUCACUGAAGUUUCACUUGACUGUCACUGAAAUUGGUAUACCUGCAGAAUUUGAGCCGUCUCAGUCUGUAAUUUGUUAUGAAUUUGUAACUUCCAUCCUGGCACUUUUAUGUCUGAAUGUCAACUCAAAGUGUCUCAUUUGAGACACUUAAAGUUCAGUCAAGUCUGUGAAACUGAUUGCAGAUGAUUUGGAAAAGGCUCCAAUCAGUCACUAAUCCCCCUCUGUUAUGUGUGUUUUUUUUUGUCAGGGUGUUUUGCUGUCUUGGACCAAAAACUUCAAGGCAAGUGGAGUAGAAGGAAAAGAUGUGGUCAGCCUCCUGAAGAAAUCCAUCAAAAAACGAGGGGUAAGUGUAUGAUUACCAUAACCCAUAUCUUGGCUCAGCUGCUCAUCCCACAAAUAUAUAUAACUUACAAAUGUGGCACAGCUUAAGUGGGAAAAUAAACAGUAUAAGAUUUAUUACCAAGAAGCAUUGUUACAACAGAGAAGUUAUCUACAAAAUGCAUAUUUUCUUACUUUUUGUGAUGUUUAGAUUUCUCACAAUUAAAAAGUUGUGAAAAAUAAAAGUUCUCCUUUGCACCUUGCUCUCAGAAAUAAAUGGAUGCAGUAAGUCAGUCACUUUACAUGAAGUAGUAUCUUUUUUAUUUGUUCGAAAAGGACAGAUUGUUUAAUGGGCAGUAUGUAAUGGUUUCCUGUGAAAUUGAACUGUGCCCUGUUUGAUCUAUUGUCAAUAUUAAUAGGUGGGAAUUGCACCUUUUUUCCUGCAGGGAGCAACUUGAGAAAUGCAGGCAUCCGACUCUGCCAACAAAGCAAUAAAUUAGGCUCCCACAACAAUUACACUCACUAAAACAUUUGCCUGCAGCUUCGUUCGAUGCUGCUGGUAGACAAAAGUGUCUUUAAAUAAUCCAUGCCUGUGUGUGCACGCAUGCUCUCUUUUCAAUGGAUCAAAAUCACAGGAUGUCAGCUGAUACGAUGUGUUUGAAAUGAUGGUAUAAAAUGUUUUUGUUGAUCUCGGCUACAAACCCUGAUGUUCAUCCUCAGUCUGGACAGUGAAAUGAAUUAAAUGAAUGAAUCUGAAUUCGUGUCAAAAGUAAAAAAAAAAAUUAAAGCUGAAAUAGUUAUUUAGAAGAAGUUCAUUAUACCUUGGAUAACAUGAGUUAAGUAAGGUCCAGGGGACAGUGAUGCUUGCAACACCUAACCCAAAACGUCCCAGUUUUGAUUGUGUCGUCAAGAUCUGAAGCAUGCUUUUUCACCACUUUACAAUAAAGUAGUUUUGGUCUAUAGAAAACUAGAAGAAAUACAGAAUAGAAGGAGAAGAAGAACUUGGUCGAUCCCUGAAGUUCUAAGUGUCUCAAAGCUAAGUCUGUUGCAGUUUAACCUAAAUGAUCAAAUCUUUUCGCAGGACUUUGAUAUCGAUAUUUUAGCGGUGAUCAAUGACACAGUUGGAACCAUGAUGACCUGUGGCUACGACGAUCAUCUCUGUGAAAUUGGGCUCAUUGUGGGUAAGUGCAGACUCAUUAAAUGGAAAUCAAUACCAUCGGUCAAAAAAGGAGAGGAAAUCAUUACACGUCGGUCAGACAACAUACUGAUACUAAUACUUAAUUUGGAGAGAAACAGAUACUCAGUGAGCAAAUUUACAGGAAACAUUUCGCUUCCAAACUCAAUUUUUGUGAUAUUUGUUCAUAUGUUUGACCCAUCCUCAUGAAAUAUGAUAUCUGAUGAGGAUUCUGUUGAACCCGAUGACACCUGACAUGAACAUUUUCUUGUUGCCAAGGGUGAGCUGACUGGAGGUCUGUGAGUUCAUCACUACAGGGAAUUAGAGCUCAUCAGCUACUGUUGGUUGAUGGUGAAUAGGCACAAACCUGCAACACUGAACAAACCAAGCCUCUGAUAAAAGGACCCUUGGCAUUGAGAGUCGUGUUUUUAUUUAAUUGAACCCCCAGCCAGAUCCUCUACAAACCCAUUAGCCUAACCCUGGGGUUGUAAUUUGCCAUUAGGGCCGCAGCAGGGAAACACUCCUGCAUCUUAACUAAUGAUUAAUUUGUUGACUGACAGCCUGGAUUGUUCUGAUGUUACAGUCUGUAUCAUUUAUCCAUCUCCUCUCUCUUACUGUUUGUGCAUCAACUUUGUAAGUGAAGUCUGGAGGUUGAAUGUGAGAGUAACCAGAUCCUUAACAUUGGUGAUAUCUCAAAGGCAUCAAAAGCAUCUUUUUUGUGGUGUAUAUACAAAAAAGCUUUUUGUAUCAGUCAAUAGCUAUUAGUUAUGCGAGGUGGACGCUGCUUCUUAGUGCUGAUUGGUUGUGAGGCACGCUCCACGUCCUCGAAUAACGUUUACGAGCCCAAACAAAGUUAGCGUGCUACAAUAUCGGACAGUAGAAACCAACCAGAAAGUAUGAAAAAUUUUCUGAAUCCUCCUUUGGCCACGAAUGCCGACACAAGCAAUAAAACAAAGUAAAUACCGGAGGCUCUGGUGGAAUAGCGGGCGCUUAAAAAGGAGGUAGACUGGACAAGAGCUAAAAAGCCGGGUCAACAUCAGCACAAAUGAUGGGGGACGCUUCGGGAUCUUAUGGACCCUGCAACCUUUCUGCUGGACAGGUAAACCGCUUUAACAAAGUAAGACAAGUGUCUGUAAGAGAAGUGUUUCUCGUCAAACAGGACUGUGUUGUAGCGCCGCUGAACUGUUUCCCUCGGGUCCUGGACUACGUCACUUUAUCCUAGUCGUAGAAGUCCUGCAAACAUUGUAUUUGCUGGUAGUCUGUUGACAUCUACAGUAGCACCAAUGCUUUUUACUUUCACCUUGACUGGGCCCCAUUUGUAAUUAUCUGAAGUAUUUAUCUGCUUUAUAUCUGAAUUUAAUUGAAACGAUACGAGCGAACAGGAGCGUCUGUUUGUGGGCGGGGCUUGCUUGAGCAGAGAGGGAGGGGAGAGGAGAAGCUGAGGGGAAAACUGGUUGGGAGGGGUAGAGUUUACAUUCAAGAUUUCUCCAGAAAACUGGCACUUCCUCAGAUCCUGACUACCCCACCUUUAAGUCAGUAGCUGUAAACUCAGCCAUAUCAACAAUAUUUGCUUUACAGGGCUGUGUUUGACGCAGACCCAUGGGUACCGUCCCUAACUCCUUGUUCCUUGUUUCUUUGUCUAACUUUUAUACUUUAUAUCAUCCACUGUGGUUGUUUUAAAGUGUUUAACAAAUAAAGUUGAGUUGAGUUGAGUUGAGUUGAGAGCAGCCAGAGCACAGAUGUACACACAGUAUGAUUACUGAAACAAAUGUAAUUGAAAUGUCACUGAAUGGAAUGUACCUUGUUACAAAGCCGAAAUAAACUAUAACUAUACUAUACUAUACUAUGGGAUGAAUAGCGUGCUUAUGUUGAAGUGUCGGCUCCAGUGAAAACCUUGUACUCUGCUUUAACUCUCAAAGUUUUGUCAAAUGGCGAAAGCAGAGAGGAACCAUUCAAAAGUAAAAGGAGCUGGACAAAAGCAUCUCUGAAUUUACUAUUUUUAUUAAUUUGCCUCGAGUGUGCUGAAAGCCCCAGCCUUCUUCAGACUAAUGAUGUACUUGGAGCCUCACUGUGCGGUGGCGAGCUGACUCCACUUGGCAGAAAAAGCUUCGCCUUUAGUUAGAAAUAAUCUUUUUGCUCAUGUUAUUCAUAUUAGCGUCAACACAGACAUCGGAGUUUGGGUUCUAUCAACAUGUUGUAUAACACUUCUAGACAAAGUUCAAAACUAUACGACUUGUUCCGCCCUUAGCAGACUUUAAAUUGAGGGUUGAAAAUCAUAGUUGGUAAACCAAACCAGAGCUGUUAAAGUCAAAAAAAGUGAAGACUGGUAGGAUCUCUGAAAUAAAUCUUCACAGUUGCCUGAUAGCAACUACAGAAACUUUGUUAUUUAGGUCUGUAACACUUUUUUGUGUUCUCCCUGAAGGAACCGGGACGAAUGCUUGCUACAUGGAGCAGAUGAGGAAUCUUGAGCUGCUGGACGGUGACGAGGGCCGGAUGUGCGUCAAUACAGAGUGGGGAGCUUUUGGAGAUGAUGGCGCCCUGGAUGAUCUGCGCACUGACGUUGACCGUGAAAUAGACGCCGGCUCUUUGAACCCUGGCAAGCAGCUGUAAGUGACUUUUGGAUUAUUGUUUGGUUUGGUCCUGUGAAAACAGAAUGUGAAGUGAUAACAAUACUUGAACUCAUUUCACAUUUAGUUUUUACUUUAAAUUGGUGGUUUUGUAUUUUCAUAGCGAGAUGACAUAUUCAUCAAUGAGUAUAUCAUUCUUCCUCUUUCAUCACUGAGGUGCUGAUCAAGUAUAAAUCACUUCUGUGUGGAUGUGACAUAACUUAACACUCUUACAGUGGAUACAAUGGGGUUACAUUGUAAAAAUACACAUGGAUAGAACAAAUUUGGGACAAAAUGAAACAUGAUUUGGAAAAAACACUCCUGCGUAUCACAGUGACUCUCUUUCUGACGCCUAAAGGAGGGCAGGUUCUGAACGAACCAUCAGAUUUUGUGUUUCCAGGCAUUAUUAAAACACAAACACCUUAGUUGACUUCUUCCACUGUCGCUUGGCUGAUCGAUUCUCUGAUUUCCCAACUAUAAUUGAAAAAUACUGAAAGGCAUGUUUUUUAUAUUAAAGGUAGCCACUUUAAGCCUUCUUCAUUGUUCGAUGCUUUCCUGAAACCAAUUUAUAUGAUUGGCAGUAUACCUUCUUUUCUUCUGCUGAUGGACCGAAGACCUUUUGUUGAGUUGUUUGAUGAUUUUUUUUUAACCCUGAACACAGGGUUACAUCUUUACCCUGUUGACUGCAGUCAGAGAGGUUUUCUACAGCUCACAGAGACCAUCUUGCUCCUAACAUAAAGCUGAGAAAGCAGUUUCCCUUUACUAGAGCAAAAUAAUGCUCCUGACUUCAGUGGACCGUGAAAAGACCCGCAUUAGAGAUGCUUUUGUUUUUAAAUGUUGUUCUUUUACUGUAUUCCUGAGGUCCUGAGGUCUGUUGUCCACUCAUGAUCUUAUGAUACUGCUGCUAGGUAACUGUAAGUUUAAACUCCUUGUGCUUGACUCCGGAUGAUGUACAGUUGCAAUGAUUUUCAGAUGUGUUAAGUCAUCAAUAAUCAUCUAGACCACAUGGGAGUGUCCCUGACUGUUAAAGCAAACUUUAUGUCGAAGAUAAUAGACGGCCCGAAUUUCAGUUCCUGAUGUGGAGUUCAGAAAAGCCCCUUUCACAUGGUGAGUCGGCAACAGCGCAGUAAUCAAACGCUGUUAUCAUCACAUCCCUGUACUUUGAUAUUAAUCCCAUGAUGGCACAGGAUUUAUGUAGGACAUUUCACAUUGUGGUGUAGGAUUGCAGAAGAGAUAACACAGUGUGAAAGGUUCUACGCACUCUUAUGCAGCCAUGGACACACACACACACACACACACACACACACACACACACACACACACACACACACAGCUGUUUCAUCCUGCCUGCAAUAUGAACAGGGCUUUCAGGGCUUACAGACCAGCCGUGACCAACUGUGCAAAGUCUUCAAGUUCUCAGAAAGGUAAUUACGGUACUUUCUUUGUUCAGAGUUGUUUCUUGACUUCUACUCCUGUCUGUGUGAGUGACUGGUUAUUUAUGGAGCCAGAUCAGGCUCAAAAGUAUUGAAAAGUAGUGUAAGUGAAAAAAUUAAAAGUGAAGUGGAAAAAUAAGAUUUGAACCUGAAAAAAAUAAAAUGGAACCUGAAAGUCUUGAAUUUCGAAAUUUAACUUUGAAAAAUCCCAGAAUGCAUGAAAAAAAUCUGUUCAAAUGUAACUUUGAUUCUGUUUUUUAAUACUUUUGAAUAAAUUACUUAUUUAUAUUUUUCACUUCAAUGUAUAUUUCGAUCUUGGAGUACUUUUUUUUUUUUUGAUUGAAUUUUAUUUAUUUAUUUCAGAUUCAGAUCUUAUUUUUACGGAUUCAAAACGUUUUUUUCGGUUUCAGAUUAUUAUUUUUCAGAUUCAGAUCUUUUUUCGGAUUCAACUUGAAAAGUUUCAGGUUCAUGUUUGACCCUGUUUUUCCGUGGGGGCGGGCCUUGACUGAGAGGGGCGCGGUCUGCCAUGAGUGACAGGCCUCCCCCUCCUUCCCCACCCCAUCACCCUGCGUUCAGGAAGUGGCAUGAAUACACAUUAGCUUAGCCUACAAUUAGGCUGUAUUGACUGAAUGAGAUCGUGUUGGUUCGUUCCACUUCAGUAGGGCAAUAUAAACUAUGAUUCAUAAAGAAGCUCUAUUGAUAGUAAGUACUAAAAAAAAUAUCUACUCAUGCCAUCCUGUCGAUUUUUAGUAAUCAGUGUUUCGGUGUCGAACUAUUUCCCUUCUGCGGCGUAGUGAUACUUGCGAACAUCGAAUAUGCAGGGGGUGAAGCGAUUUUUGUCACGUGGUCCAAUAGGAGCCGAGUCUCGUUGCCAUAGUAUCAGAAUUACACAAACAUGGUGAUGACCGCAUCUCGCAGCGAGACAAGCGAAGAGGAAGAAAAGAAAAGGAACAAAAGAAAACCUUCAAAAGUGCAUAAAAAUGGAACGAAACAAUGAUAUAUGCAUCUAUCAUCUGUCCAGAGUGAAGACAUUCUCGACUUACAAGGACAUGUUGGGAAACUUACAGAACUAGUAUUGGACAGUGGCUUUCUCUACAGGGUGAGACAAAGGACCUUGCAGAAACGUCCAAGGCAAAAAUAUAAAUAAGUAAUUUAUUCAAAAGUAUUAAAAAACAGAAUCAAAGUUACAUUUGAACAGGUUUUUUUAAUGCAUUCUGGGAUUUUUCAAAGUUCAAUUUCGAAAUUCAAGACUUUCAGGUUCCAUUUUAUUUUUUUCAGGUUCAAAUCUUAUUUUUCCACUUACACUACUUUUCAAUACUUUUGAGCCUGAUCUGGCUCCAUAGUUAUUGUCAAGGCUGAUUACUCACUCACAGGUACAGUGUGAGCACCUAAUUCAUGAGUUCUAACGUUAUACGCCGUAGAUAACACGCUGUGUUAAGCUGACAUUCCAGCACAUCAUUUCUAUUCUCUAAAUAAAGCGUGUGAAAUCCUGUUAGGCAUUUUUAAAGGCAUAAAAAUAGCAGCUUUCUGCUGUUGAGCUCAGGUUAACCAGCCCUUUUAACGCUUGUCGGAAACCUCUUUUGACAAAAUGUGAAAAGAUACAGACACUUUAGAGAAUUUGCCUCAGCCUUUUGCUUACCGUGAGGAACAUGGAUAUGCUCUUCAGCUCUAACAGCACUGUCAUUUUCUAACCAAGGUCACAAGUUUUAAACACACUUUGAAAGAGAUGUCCAGACAGUAGCACAUGCUUUUCUAGAUUUUUGGCUCGACUUGAAUAACUUCUGAUUUUCAGGUUUCGUACAUUUUUCUGGGUGACUAUACAGCUGAGCCAAAGUACUGUUGGUUGACUCCUUUUACACCGACAAGAGCUAAGAAAAGAUGUCAUAUCUCACGUUAAAAGCUCGCGUGCCCCAGCUCCUUGUAAAAUCCAUCCAUCCAUUUCAAAUCCAUCUCCUCAUCCUUGAAGCACAUAAUAACCAAACCUAAAUGAUUACAUAGUCUCCUGCCUCCACUGACUCUUGUGCUUUCUUUUCUCUCUUCCCACUCCUCUUGUGGUUUACACAACCAGCAGUACUGAUGAACUGUAUAUGGUCUAAUAUAACAUGACUACACUGUAACAAACACAGUCUUUCUAAAAUAAAUGAACCAUUUCAUCUUUUAUUGUAUUUUAACUUUACAUCCACCAAGUCACUUCUCCGCUCAGUUUCAGUGAGCAACCAUGGUGACAGGAACAUUAAUCAAGGUUUGAAACGCAGUUGUUGAAGGUCAAACAGAACAUUCCACCACCCAAACCCUUCCAGGUUAGCAUACAGCCGGAAGGGAUUCAAUUCUCUGCAGAUGACAGGCCAACAGAAAAUCAAUUAAAUGGUAAUUGUGUUAUGAAAAAAAAUGUAAGGUGAAAUGCAUUUACUCUCUGCCCUUUCAGCCUGUUGGUAGCCAUUGAUUUUGAUGAAAUUCCAGGGUUAUAUGUGUGUUCUGAGAAAAUGAUGUACAAACAAGCACAAAGGAAAUCAUUUCAGUAUUGAGCUCUCGAAGUACUGCCCGUCAAAGCCAGUGACUGCUCAUGUUGACUUCUGUAUCUGUUGACAUUCUCUUUUGACCAACAAAGAAGAAGCCACCGAACACCAAUGAGGACGGAGCGUCUGAGACGAAGCCUCAGAGAGGGAAGAGAGACAGAGAGAGAGAGUCCAUUGAAACCCACAGCGGCUGCAUUGCUGUGGGUGGCAAUGUACUCCCUGUCUCUCUUCACUUUCUGUUUGGCUUCGUCUCAUAUGCUCCAUCCUUGUCGGUGUUAAGCGGCGUCUUCUACGUUGAUGUUCGGCGGCUAUUUCUUCCGGUCGGCGGACUCCGGCAUCGAAACUUGGAAUCGAAAUUUUAAUAUUUGAACGAUUCCUGAAGAAUUGAAAUGUUUGUCCCGGUCCCCAUCGAUACUCGAUUCUCGAUACCCAACCCUAUUCUCUGAUAAAUUGAUCACAGCGUUGAAUGUGGAUUAUGCAACUCAAUGCAUCAUCAUCAUCGGGAAUGAGCAAAGAUGUUUCAUUGCGCUGAUAGAUGUCCAUUUAUAUGGAUGAAAAAAAGAUUUGAAUUCAUAUUUUGUUGCUCUUUCUUUCACAUUUUCACUCAGGUUUGAGAAGAUGAUCAGCGGCAUGUACAUGGGGGAGAUGGUGCGUCUCAUCCUGGUGAAGAUGACCAAAGAGAAGCAGCUGUUUCAGGGCAACGCUACAGCACAACUCCUCACAACUGGAAGCUUCAAAACCAGCUACAUCUAUUCCAUUGACACUGACAAGUGAGUUUGUGUGUUUGCAAAGAGAACGAAAGAGCUGUGGGGCUGUAUGGAGCAAACACACACAGUAUCCUCUUAGAAAUUAAAAUCAAUAAGAACAACAAUAAAGUGAGCUUUGAUGUAACACUGAACCACCUGAUAAAGCCUGAAAAGGCACGUAAAACCUGCUAAUCUGACAUCUUCUAUUUCUCCUGUUGUCUAUACAAGGGCUGACAUGUGUUGGCAUUCGGCUUAAAGCUGUGUUAUCGUACCCUGAGGCUGCUGGACAUCACUGGAUGUGUUCAGAUCAUGCUGCCUAUUGAAAAGGGUAUUUAGCAACCGCUUUGCAAUGUUUACAGGCUCGCCAGUAAAACGAGCUUAAUUUUAACGUUUAAGGAUGAUUUUGGGAUAAGUUAGCUGGUAUUAAACACAUUUUUCAAGUCUGUUCUUGGUUAUAUCAUCACCUUUGACUUUGCCUCCAGAAAAGGUCAUUUUUUCCAGCGUCUGUGUUGGCAAGCUUUUUUCUUUAUCAUGUGAAGAAGUGAGAGAACAUGAGCUCUUCUAUCUGAGAGGCCAAAACGCCUAAAAACAUCCUCCUUAAAUAUAUAUAUAUAUUUUUAGAAGUAUUUCUUAUUUAAAGGCCUUUAACAACUUAACUCUGACACUUGCUGUAACCAUUUUGACAAGAAGAGUCAAACUCAACAUUACCAAGAUUGUGCUCCUGUCUUCCGUCUGCAAUUUUCCUUUACUUCCCUAUAUAGAAAUGUUGCUCGGUCGUUGAGAGUCACGGUUGGACAUUUUUUAUGCAUUGCAUAUUAGAAAACACGCAAUGCAAAACGGCACAUACACUCUAAAUGGUAAAUAGGCUGUAUCAGAGCAGUGGAUUAAACAGAGUGGCGACAACUUCAGAUCUCGCCGCCGGAGCGGUCACGGGGUUCAUGUAACCCUCCAUAGUUCCAAACGCAACCUGCACUGUCCAUGCUCUUCAACGGGACAGACUGCAGUGAGCGCACAUUUAAGAGGUAAAUAUUAAAAUUAACCGUAAAAACUCAACAUAUGCAACUCUUAUUGGAUUACUGUGUACACGUCAAAGUCACAUACGUAUAUUUAGCGGCUGGAUGACAAAUAAAAGUGAAAUAAGACAAGUUUGGUAACACGUGUUACUUUUUAAUAAGAGAAAAUAAUACAAUAAAGUGGUAAGUAACAGGUGUUACAAGCUGUUUAAACAAUUGUGCAAUGUUUUGGUCUUGCAGCAUGGCCUGCAUAACAUUUUGCCAUGUUAAACAUACGCCUUGAAUGCUGACAGGAUUUAAAAAGUAGCGGUCCCUUAACUCUAUCAUCCCAUAAGCAGAAAAAAUCGAAUUACAUAGCACUUAUGUUAGUCUAAAAAGAAUAAAUUGCACAUAACAUCGGGAACUGAUAAAGGCUGAAAUCUAAAAUAAAGCCCAUAAGUAACCAUCUCAACAUAUGAUUGAUGAUGAUGAUUUAUCUGUGAUUCAUAACUCAGUCACACAAUAAAUUUUGGCAGGCCUCUACAGCUGACGACGUCCAACUAGCAGGCCGUGGCUAAAAAAUCGAUCCCAAUUCCUGACUAAAAAAAAACGUAAUUACAUUUGUAAUUACAAUUUGAGCAUACUAAAAUUAAAAUCAUUUUACAUAUAAAGGGGUCCCUCGAUACCAUUUACACAAGUAUUGGCAUUACAUUCGUUGAUACAAUAUUUUACAUCGGGGAGUGUGGGAGCAAACCGUGGCUAAAAAAAAUCGAUCCCAAUUCCUGACUAAAAAAACGUAAUUACAUUUGGGAUACACAUUUUUACAUAUAAAGGGGUCCCCUCGAUAUCAGUAACACGGCGUCCGACGUGACAGGCGGUCAUGUUGGAACUAUUAAGAGUUCCAUAACCCGGAAGUGGGGUCCGCCAGGCUGUACAGCGUAUGCCUAUGGGAGUGUCGCCACUCUGUUUAAUCCACUGCUCUGGGCUGUAUCUAUGGUGCUUUGUCUUGUCUUCUGACCGCUCAGUGUUUUUACAUCACUGGUCACAUUCACCCUUGCCCACUUUAUUUAUGUGCUGAUUGCAGAGGCAGCUGUGUUAUUUACCCAUCAGUAUUCGGAGAUUGAACCCUUAAAAUUCUGAGUGAGACUUUACCACUGAGCCACAGCUGCCCCACUACACUACACUGUUAAAUGUACUAUUAUUGGGGAUGUGAACAAAGUUAAAAUUAAGUAUUUGCAUUGUGCUCUACCUGCAGAGAUGAAGAAGGCCUUCAGAAAGCUGAAGUGGUGCUUCGAGGUCUUGGUCUGGAUCCAUCGGUUGAUGACUGCUUUGCCACUCAGAGGGUUUGUCAGACAGUGUCUACGCGGGCUGCCCACUUGUGUGCUGCCUCUCUGGUAGCGGUACUGCGUCAGAUCCGGGACAACAAAGCAGCCGAGAAGCUGCGUGCCACUAUUGGAGCGGACGGCUCUGUUUACAAGAAUCACACAGAGUAAGUGUUUCUGAUCUUGGUCUGUCCUGUUCAUAGACUGUAUGUAAGAUGGACAACGUGGUUCCGCCUUCCGCCUGUAUACGGAUUUGAAGCCAAAAAGCUCUCGGUAAUUCCGGGUUUUUCUCCACUUCCUUGAAACCAGAGCUGUGCACUAGCGUUGUGCGCAUUCGGCCGCGCAGUCGCCGAGAGUCCCUGUGAUGACGCUCGGCUCAAACAGCGUAUCCCCCCGGGAGAGCUAUGCAAUCCCUGAACGCCCAUAGGCUGUACCAGGUGUCAAUCAUAGAAAACAUGAACCCCCUAAUAACUUUUAAAAACGGAGCUGUACAGAAAAAAAAGGACUUGGGCACAAACCAGUCUUACAAUAACUACAUGUCAAAAUCACAAGCAGGGGGGAGAAAAAAUUAUGUUCUGUGUAAUAAAUUUCUAAAGUUUGUCCACAGUCCCAUAAGCUUCGAGGAGGCGGACUCUGUCCAUCUUAUAUACAGUCUAUGGUCCUGUUACAUAUCUCUCAAACACUUGAGUGAAGAAGCUUAUUAUGUGACUUUAUGACCAACGUGGAGUAGCUGCUUAAUCUGAUGCUUUUUAGCUGAAUAAAGAGUGGAGCAUGUAGGGUAAGGAUGUAGCUCUCUGGUCUGGCUCUUGGUGAGCUUUUAAUCCCCUUUGUUAAAAAAGGAAAAGGUUUUUUUGGAAGCAAUAGUUGAAAAAAAAAAGUCUAUUGGAGAAAUUUGAUCAGUGCUUUUUCCUUUUUCAGUUUUGCCUUAACCCUUCGCCUUUCAGACAGAAUCUCAUCUUUUUAUCACUUUGGAAUGGCACUAUACUCUCAUCUCAAAACAAACUGCUCAUGUUUCUGAUUUAUUUUCUUUACUUUUUUGCAUUUAUGUUCAGAUUAUUUAUCCUUUUUUAUAAGUUUUGUCUAUUUUAUAUGUUGGGCGUAUGUUGGUUGGGACUGUGUGUGGGAGAAGGGUGAGCAAGAUGUCUGUAUUUGUUAUAUGUCACGUAUGUUAAUGUACUGUAUGUGUCCUGAGUUCUGUGUAUGUUUGUUUAACUUGUCCAAAAGACAACAAUCAUCAGCAUCCCCCAAAAGGAGGGUGAGCCACAAAUCAUAUUGAUGGAAAGUGGACUUCAUGAGAAAAGUGUGGCACAAGAAGUACUCAAGCAGCAGGGAUCCCUGUAGCCUUGACAGGACUAUCUCAGACUUAAUGGAACUAGUUUUUAUUCUCCAUUCAGUCUUCUUCAGAGAUGGCUUAAUCACGUCUUCAUGGUUCCAUUGAUUGGCAGGUACAUAUUCUUUCAACGCAUUUUUAUCUUGUGAAACAAUUUAGACAACGAAGCGGAAGACAAUCGCACAUACCACGGGAUGGACAAUACUGGAGAAAAAAGAAAACAAAAGCUCCUCAAUCAUCACUGAAGUCAUAAGCUGUUGGUGAAAAUGAAUUCUUUUCAUUUUUGUCGAUUGCUUCAGUAUGUUGUAUGUUGUUGAACAAUACAUCGGGUUAUUUAAAAGAAGACAGUUGAUUUAUUUAUUUUUUUACCGUCAACAGCAGUAAGAGCUUUAUGAGAUUUUCAAGGUAGUCUAGAUGCAGUUUGCUUAGUUUACUUUGUGUUUACCUCAAAGGAACACAGUGCCCAACCCCUUUGUUCACAGUAAGUUGGUGCAGCACAGGGUCAUGUGAGUUGCUAAGCAAAGAAAUCGGAGCCCUAUCUUAAGAAUACCGCAGAGUGUACUAAUUCGGUGUAUCAAAACAAUAGCUGUCAGAGUGCAAAAGCACAGCUGAGCUCACACAACCCUCCAGAGUCUGAACAUAAGAAUCCCUCUGAGUGUUUUGAUCCAUCUUGAUAAUAUGGACAAAAGCACCAUAGAAUCAAAAUUGGGACUCAGUGUCUGUUCAGUCACAUAGGAUAGAAAAAUACGUGUUUUUUCCUCUCACUGAAUGCAGAUCUCAUGUUAAUGUGUUUUGCAUUAAAUCCACUAAUUGCAUAAUCAUAAUUAAUGAGAAUAACAUGACAUUGACAUUGGCUUCCCCUUGUGUUAGCUCAGAAAAUUAUCAUCACAAAGGACUCAGAAAUCUCUGUGCAGCCAUCUGUAAGUGUCAAAACAGAAAUAAAUACAAGGUGGAGAUUUCAUUUGAAAAUGAAAAAGCCACUUAAUGCCCUGUUAUUCCAUUUACAUUACAAUAUUAUUUUAUGGGUUUUUUUGUUCUGUGAGUAUCAUCUUUUUAAAAAUUAUUUUAUGUCAGAUAGAAAUAGACACGGUUAACUGCAUUCUUUUAUACAUUAAACAGAAAUAAUUGAAAACUCUAAUAAGUGAUUAUGAUUCGGUACGUUGUGAUUUAUGAUGAAGAAAGUGUUAUAAUUCAGAAAAGACAAUGGUGACUUAGGAAAUUUUGGCAUUUAUAGCCGGGCGUAUAACAAUCAUAAUAAAAGCGAAUGACUCAAAAGUUCCCUUUUUCGCCGCCUUCUCAACAUGGCUUGAAAGCAACCACACUGUGAAAAGUGCCUGCAGUUAGUAUUCAUUCAUUAUUUUAAUUGGCCUUGUGAGCACAGUCAGGAAUAAUCCGUUGACGCCGCUCAAUUAAGUAUUUCUGUUCCUUUCUUUUAUGUCACUCCCAGUUGUGGCAGCCAUAAUCAGUGAAAAGACAGCCCCCCUACAUUUCUAAAUGUUGAUGUUUUUACUCUUGAGGGAGGGAUCUUCUGAACGUCAGAUGCUCUGUAGCGGGAGAGAGAUGUUCCCCUGAUUUUGUUUGGAUAUUUUAUGAGUCUUUUGUUUUUCUCACAGCCUUAAGGGUUGUUAGAAAAUGCAGAUACCUUCAUUCCACUCCUUUAUCAUUAUGGAGGAAAAAAAUUUGUGAAGGUAAACUACAACAGGACCGGCCGACUGGGACGCUGGUUUUAUUGUUUUGUCAGCUAGCUGUCACACAGUUAAGGACCAUAUUUACUCAACCUAUAUGGUAUGAGCUUAACCAGGUGAGCAAUGAGCGCACUCUGCCAUUUUGGCGCCUCAGCUGAGCAUAGCAAGAGAAAAGGAAAUGCACAGGUGAUGACAAACAACACUGUUUCUGAGACUGAUGUACUUUCUGUUUUUAGAUUUUCCAGGAGGCUCCACAAAAUGGUUCGGCGGCUUGUGCCAGACUGCGAUGUGCGUUUUUUGCAAUCUCAGUGUGGCAGCGGGAAAGGUGCCGCCAUGGUAACAGCAGUUGCCUACCGCCUUGCUGCUCAAAAUGCCGAGCGUCAGCGCAUCCUUGACACACUACGUUUGAGCCGCGAACAGCUCCUAGAGGUGAAGAAUCGAAUGAGCGAGGCGAUGGUGCGAGGAUUGUCGAGGCAAACCCAUGAACAGUCAAGUGUUAAGAUGCUCCCCACCUAUGUGAGAUCCACACCAGAUGGAACAGGUAGCUUUGGGAUAAAAAUGACUUCUACUUCAAUGUAUGUAAGCUGAGUGUUACAUCUCCUACAGCUUACAAGCAUCUGUUAUUUUCUUUAUGGCCCCUCAGAACAUGGCGACUUCUUGGCUUUGGAUCUCGGCGGCUCCAGCUUUCGAGUUUUGCUGGUGCAAUUGCGAAGCGGGACAAAACAAACUGUGGACAUGCACCAAAAGAUCUAUGGGAUCCCACAGGAGACCAUGCAGAGCACAGGGGAAGAGGUAAAAAAAUAAAUAUCAGGGUUUGAGUAUUUUCAAUGAAAUUAAUGAAAUCAUUGAAUACAAAAACUGAGGAAACAUCAAAGCAGUCUCAGUUAUUGAUCACAAUUUAAAUUCAUUUGACAUUUGCAAAGGAUCGUUUGGUUCAGCAUGUACUGCACUGAGCGGAGAUUGGAUCGUUAUACAUCCAAUUUCUCUCUGCUAAAAAUAUUCAUAUCAUGGUCCUCAUGAGUAAAUUCAAUGUUCUCUCAUCGCCAGCUUCAGACAGGAAGUCAGUCUGUGUGGUGGCAAAGGAAACAGACUCAUUUUAAUACAUGUAUUUCAGUGCAUGCUUUGAAGGCUGCUGGAGGUAUUUACAGGUAUUUAUGAUUAUGUUACAGACAAAGAGAAACAUAACACUCCUGCAGUUCUUCAGAGCAAAAGCAUCAUUUAUUUUUACAGGCAAGAGACUACUUUGUUUUCACCCUCGGACCAAUAUUUUGUGAAAGAAGUGACUUGCACAGCUCUUAAAUCAAGCAUUUGCCUUGAUCUUUGUUAAAUAAGUUUUUAUGAAUCACACUGGCUGCAGGCCGGCUUUUACAAUAUUACAUAACAUCCAGCUGCAGGAAAUAUUUCCUCUUGUGGUCUUUGCUUUCAGCUUUGUCUGAAUGUCAAUAAAUAACAGACUAUUAAUGUUAGCACAUUCAGUUCGUGAAAUAACCAUCACCUAAAGUGUUUCAACUAGCAGUCAGCUGAUAUUAGUCUUAUAUUGGUGAUAAGGAUACACAUUAUCAGUACUUAUCAGAGACAGAUGACUUUCAUUUGGAACCAACAGACACCGACAGUAAGAAUGAAAAACUUUCUGUCAAACUUUCAGAUUUGAGAGAUUACAACUCCACAACAAAACUUGACUUCAACACUUUGAGCACAUUUCAGUACAGUCUCCUCCCUCCCUUUUCUCUGUCGCUGUUUUAAAUGUAGAUGAAAGCCUGGGUUCAAUAUAAUAAAUAUUGUAGGGCUGUAAUCAACCAAAGAAAUUCUCAGUCGACUAAAACCCUGAAAUUUUCAACCAAAAAUCGACUAAUCGGGGGCGGGUUUCUGACUCUGACGGCAAACCCUUCUGCGGCAGGGGACGAUGCAGCUCAGCAUAGCGUGUCUCGGCGUGAAAAUAUACUAAUAUCAGCACAAGAAGGCAAUCAAACACAAAAAGCAAGUUGAAACGCUUAAAAUAAAAAUGAAUAUUCAGCAGACCACCGGACUUUGAUUAACGUGGACGCUCUUCAAUCUUCCUGUCUCCUGCCAGUCUUCAGCGGCUUGGGCGAAUCCAAAAUGGUGAAAACAAGGGGGGUGUUCUGAGACACCUGUGAAACAGGGGUGCUCUGAAAACACCCCCAUUAGCAUUUGUUACAUUCCUCUUGAUGAAAUUAACCAUAGACUGUAAAUGGAUGCGGGAAAAAAUCGAGUAAGCACAGCCCUAAAAUAUUGUUCUUCUGGAUAAAAAAAUUAAAUUUGGGGGUAGACGAGGCCUACGGCUGCAACUAAUGAGGCCAUUACAGAGACACAGGAAAACCUGAGAUGUCACACACUGUAGCCUCCAUGCUGUCUGAAGCUGCUGCAAGUGUUUGAAAAAUACUGACAAAGUGAACUAGACUGCAAAACUAGCUCUCACUGUUUGUAACUGCACAAAUGAUCAAAAGUCAAAGAAUCGUCUCAUUAUCGCUUCUCCUGCUUUUGUUUGUAUUUAUUUAUUUUUUUAUGUGUUCCAGCUUUUCAACCACAUUGUGGAUUGCAUCGCUGACUUUCUGGAUUACAUGGGCAUGAGAGGUGCAUCCUUACCUCUUGGAUUUACAUUCUCCUUCCCUUGUCACCAAAAAAAACUGGAUCAGGUAAAGUUUGAUCAACACCUGUUAUUGUACAAAUGGCACCAUAAUGACCUUGGGUGUGGACGGGAACAGGGGAAAUGUUUGUAUUCUGUAUGAGUGUUGGGCAUGUCUAUCAACUCCCACAUACAUCUCACACUCACUGAGCCAUAGCGUGUAGCUAUAUGUUAUUCUCUUUGACCAGCUGUUGUUGUUGUUGUUGUCUCUGGAGGAAAGCAGGGAAAAGGUGAAGAGCCAGUCGAGAGUGAAAGACAUGAGCAGACAUUAUGUGACAUUAUUUCUAUUGGCUGGAAAAUAGAAUAUUCACAGAGUGAAUCAACAUUUUUCAGACAUAUGUACCUGCAUCAUCCAAUAGAUUAAAAAAAACAAAAAAAACUGAUGCAGCUCCUGUCUCGAUCUUCUUUAUGGUCAGUCAAAUACUGCUGCUGUUUAUCAAAAUAAGUUGUACCGAACUGCAUACGUAAACACAAAGCGCGGCUGUUCUCUCUUUUUUUUUUUUUCCAGGGCAUUCUUCUGAAAUGGACAAAGGGUUUCAAGGCGAGUGGCUGCGAGGGGCAGGAUGUCAUUAUGUUGCUCAAAGAUGCUGUUCGCCGCAGAAGGGUGAGUACACAGCACACAACACAAUACUUUUGAACUGACUUAAUCUAAGUGACUCUUGAGAAAAUAAUACCUCUACCAAUUUACAGACAGCGUGUACUCUGUCUGGCAGACAAUGUACUUUAUCCCACAUUGAACUCAGCAGGGUAAUAUUGUGAUUGAGUGUGCAUGUUGAGCAGGUUUAAAACCCUGAAGUAGAUUGUUCACGACAAUCCUUUCCCCUCACUCCUAAGCAAAGUUGGAUCUUUUAUGGGGUUUCCAUGAAAUCUUAAAUAAAUAUACUCAGUGGAGUACUCUGAAGUGGACUGGGUCAGGUGGUUCCCCGGAUAUGCCCUCUUGGGUGCCACUGGAGUUGACCAAGCAUUAUGAAAUGCAGGAAUGUGCCUCUCAGGCGGGCAAAAUUUACCAAAAUGCCUUUUCAGGUGUCUUUUCAAAGUCAAACUGGGUUAAACUGGUAAUUAACAGUUUUUUUUUUUUACUAUUAAGCAUUAUCAAUUGUCUGUUCCCAUCCCAUGUAAUUUCAUUCCACUAAAAUUCAGGGAAUUAGGACCUCCAGACCUCCCCCCUUAUUACUGUGCCUCAGUGUGUUUAAACAAACUUCACUGAGGUUUUGAAAAGCUAUCCUAAGAUUCCCAACUAUGUGAUCUCCAGGUAACCUGCUGCUCAGGUUGCUCACCUCAUUUUAACCCCGGGAAACUAUUUUUGAUUACCGAUUGCCAGGAAGACAGAAAAAAAAAUCACAAAGCUGAAAAAUCUGUGCAAGAAUGUGAUAGCCUUCAAAAUGCUGCCAGUUGUAGAUGUUUUUUUUUCUCCCUUUGUUAUGUAUCACAACGUCCGUAUCUUGAGCAGAAUUCGCUCUUUUCUUCUGUACACGAUUGGGUUCCAGCUCAGUCCUCUAACCUGGGAUCAUCUCCAGCCUCCUCGCUGAGAUAAACAAAGAAAUGAUGAAUGGUUCGGUGGAUGAAGGUGUCCAAUCCAAUCCAAUCCAUUUUAUCUAUAUAGCACAAUUUAAACAAACACAAGGUUUCCAAAGUGCUGCACAGCAAGAUAAAAAUACAGCAAGUAACAGAACAGAAGCACAUUAAAGCAAUGAAGAUCAAAUAAAGUUAGAUAAAAACACAGUACAAAAAAAGCAGAUAAAAUCCAUAAAAGACAAUAAAAUGAAAUCAACCUCCUACUGAGUGUUAAAAGCCAAGGAGAAGAGGUGGGAGGUGAGAGGAGGUCUGUCUGAUAUGCUGAGGCAGGUUAUUCCAGAGUUGAGGAGCUGCAACAGCAAAUUCACGAUCCCCUCUGUCCUUCCGCUUUGUUUUAGGCUCUCUCAGGAGCAGCUUAUCAGCUGACCUGAGAGACCGGGACGGAGUGUAAAAAUGUAGAAGCUCAGAGAGGUGUCGCUGUACAUCCCAGAUGCUCGAUGUUUAGAUUGAAAACAAACCCUAAUAAUAAAUCUGUCCGUUUUCACGGUUUCCAGGAGUUUGACUUGAACUUUGUGGCAGUGGUGAACGACACAGUCGGGACUAUGAUGACAUGCGGCUACGAGGACUGCAAGUGUGAGGUUGGACUCAUUGUAGGUAAGUCUGUGUGCCCACCUGCUACUUCUUUUGGGGCCUGGCCUCCUCACCUCUCUGCAAUCUGGUCUAACUUUCAAGUCAUUAGUCAUUCGUAUGGCACUGGUUCAUAAAAUCUCAGGACACUUCAGAAGAGAAUAGAACUGCACCUUUUCAUAACUGUAUCUCUAACAACACAGGUACAGGGACCAACGUCUGCUACAUGGAGGAAAUGAGGAACAUCGACUUGGUGGAGGGCGACAAUGGUCUAAUGUGUGUCAACAUGGAGUGGGGCGCGUUUGGUGAAAACGGGGAACUUGAUGACUUCUGCACCCAGUAUGAUCGCAUUGUCGAUGAGAGCUCUAACUAUCCUGGGAAGCAAAGGUACAGUAUGAGUAAUAUGUGAAGAAUGUGAUUUAACCGGUUACUUCUGCAAAUAUGUCCUCUAAACUGCAUCACAUCAAGUGUCAAGGGAAUAUCUGCAGAUAGAGAAUAGUUUGACCUUUCAUGCCUUUUUUUUAUAGUAACAAGAAAGACAAACUGAAAAUGGUUUUCACACCAAGUCCUUGUGGGUCAUUCACUGUCAUGAGGAAAAUACUGUGAAUAAGCCUGCACUGCUACCCAUUACUGUGGUGUGAUGACCCUUGUGUUAGCCGCAGGUCUACAUUGCAUAAUAGAUUUACAGUCAAAGAUUGGAUGUGUACCGGUCAAUGGCAAAUAUUUUUUUAAAUUCACUUUAGAGAUUAAUUUGACUGAAUGAAACGAUUAGAGUUCAGAAGGUCAUGUAAAAUCAAGUAUUAUAUUACAUUAUCUUUGGAUCAGCCUAAUUGGUGACAGUGGCCCUCAUUUAUCAAUCUCGCACAGAUCUGAGCGCAGGAUUCAUAGUAGAAUCUAAAGCUGCACGAUAUUGGAAAAAACUAACAUUGCGAUUUUUUUCAACCCUGCGAUAUUAAAAAAUACAGGAAUUUUCACCAGAUGACCUGAAUAGAACUUAAUGUUAUGCUGCACUCCUGAAAUCUUGAGGACAGUUAACCUGCACUGAUCUUACCUCUUUUUGUGAAUGUUAGUAGAAUGGCUUCUGUCUGUCUCAGAGAUCUUUGUAGCUUUUAUUGUUCUGGGACGUUAUUGUGGAAACAGAUGAACACAGAACUCGUGUUUUGGUCGACAUUAUCCAUCUUUUAACUGAAAUAAUUCCAGAUAACUGACUUUCCUUUUCUUUUUGGCAACAAAUCUUCAUCUUUGGUGGUUUUCUCUGUUUGUUGCUUAGUUUGCGAUCGUUGUUGUUGUUGUUACCGGGGUUGUGCUGAGAAACGCAUGUCCUCCGAGAAUUGCAUGCACCUCACAAAACACGCACUGCUUGUAGUAGAGUGGUCCACGUUAAUGAACAAUUUAAAACCCAUACAAUUCUUACUUGUUGAGCUAAACAGUGAUGAGUAAUGUUCCGAAAGUAAUUCUCAGCAGACAAGCGAGGUGAUUGGCGGAUCGCUGCACAGCACAUGUAGAGUCACAUGGAGUGUAUCUCUGUGUGCUCCAAAUAUGGAAGUGAUUUGACCUGGAAGUUUUAAUUACAACAUUUCAGACAGGGUUGAUUUGCACAGGACUGGAAAAGAGGUUUUCUUCCCUUCAGUUAUUGCAAACACCCAGAGGUCCGCAGGUAGAGCUAUACUGUGCUAAUGGCCCUUCUGCUAUAAUUGAUAGUUUGUACAGCCUCGAAUCAAAGACACGGCUUUUCAUUUUCAAAGUGCUUCAGUUACGAAGGAGCAGAUUUCAGGAACAAACGUCAUCACUUACAGGAGUAGUGUCCACAAAGUUCUUUCCAGCUAUUUCAGCUGAGUUUAUGUCUUGUCAUCUACCUUUCUUUUUUACAGAAGGUUCAUUGGAUAACUCAGGCCCGAACUACACGAAUGCGGAUAUAUUUCAAACCGCACAUAUUUAUGUCCGAAUAGGCCUCCCUACCACACCAAAACGGGAGUUUGGAACACUCAAACCAGAUGAAUCUGAAUCCGAAAAAACAAGUGGAGAAGUAAAAAAAUAUCUGUGUCCUGUAUCCGUAGUGGAUUCGUGUGGUUGGACUUUUACGGAUCGAUGACGUCAAACCGCAGCUCGCGCAUUCGAAUUAAAAAGAAAAACAACAACAACGAUGGCGGACAGACAGGGUAUUCUUUACGUUUGUUUUGCCCUUUUGGGGCUAAUUUCAGCCUUGCAAGUGAACCUUGUUUUAUACAAUUACAUCCACCAGUCAGCCAGCUCACAGACGCGUCUGCUGUGGCCAAUACUUUUAUUGGUCACAUGGUCCGUCACAUGGACCCGACGCACUAGCGUAGCUUCCGCAAACAAUGCAUGACGCAUCACGUUGUUACGAUUCAUCGGCCAAUCAGUUAGCUUUGUUGCUGAAUUUCUUUUAAGCGGCAUCAGAUAGGAUUGAGUUUGAAGGCUACGUGUGGACGCAGAUAGUUUUGAGAACUAACACGUGUGGACAGAUACAUUUAUUUAGACGGGAGUACAAAAAUAUCCUGAUACAUAAAUAUCUAUAUACGUGUAGUUCGGGCCUUAGUGUCGUUGUCUACACAGGAACAGUCAGUACUUCACCUCAUGUGCAGCCAUAAAAAAAAGACAAACAAAGAAAGUUCUUUGUCGUGGUGUACAGAUCAAUAUUACCUUGAAUGUAGGAUCUCUAGACUAAACAUAGGCGAAGUUGCUCAGUGUGAGGCAACUGUGUGUUAAGGUAAUCCCAGGAUGAGACCGCUGGCCACUCUGAAAGGCUCGUUCAAAAAAAAAUCACACAAGACCUCUGCGAGAGCUGUGCAUAAUCUGCUCAGCUUGUGACAUAGCUGAUUGGUGAAUCCCCCCCUGAAAGUGUACGGCAACAGUGGAGGAAGCUUCCAGGGUGCCGGAGGCUUAAAGAGACUGUAGCUAAAAUAAAUCAUUUUAGACAUAGGCUGAAAAAAGGGUGCUUUAAGUCACAGAGAGCUACUUUAGGGCCAUUAUUUUGGCAAUACAAAGCCUGAAAAUAAGCCGUAGACCCUCUCUUUAACAAAUCUCCUUGGUUUAGCUGGUUGUAGAGGGAAAACAUUUUGAAUAUCAGUAUUCAGCUUUAAAACUAAAGUAUGUCCACAGUUUAUUUUAAGGAUGUAGUCAGUUUGUGCAUUCACGAGGCACCAAGAGCUUCGGAUUGAUUGUGGCGGCAUUGACAUAACCAGUGCUUUUUUAAUGCAGGCAGAGGACGAUAUAUAUUCUCAUGAGAAUGAAAAUGGGAUCAAAUCAUAACAGAGAACAUUGUCACUGUGUACCAAACAUGAGAAAGGAGGGCAGUGUGAAGUACAAAGGAUACAUAGACCAAGUAUAAACACAGAGGGAUGAGAGAAACCCUCAGGCUCCAGCAGCUCAUAUUAAAGAGGCGUCUGUUGUUCCAGGAGAGGGCUCAGUGUUAUUGUCCCCUGCUGCAACAGGACUGCCAAACCUCCUACUGUCUGCCACUUGUUGGCAGAUUGAUUUGUACUUUCAAUCCAAACACAGCAGUCUGUUGGAUUGCUCAGGGCUUACAUGUGAUACAGACGGUCCCAAACUGCAAAGGAGUUUUAUUUUUGCAGAAAAUAAUGAGCUGCUGUUCAUCUCUUUGUUGUAGACAUGUUAUAGAUUUAGUUUUUCCAUAUAGAUAUUACAAGUGCAACAAAUCCUCAGAGCGGAUUUCAGCCUCAUUCCUGCCUCCUUACCAAUAUGUUGCUGUUGGGAGUAAUCAAUUUGUGUGUGUUUUUCUUAAAGGUAUGAGAAGAUGAUCAGCGGCAUGUACCUGGGGGAGAUAGUAAGGAAUAUACUGAUGGAUUACACCGCCAAAGGCCUGCUGUUUAGAGGCAAACUGUCUGAGCGCCUCAAGACUCGGGGAAUCUUUGAAACUAAAUUCCUGUCACAGAUUGAAAGGUGAGUGGCAGACUUCUUGGUGUCAGUGUCUCUCCUUUGAAGAAACCCUGUGGUACCUGAAAAGUAAAAAAAGGAUGAAGCAUGAAGACAUGUCGACAAAGUAAACUUAAAACUGAAAAUGUAACCACAGAAUUUUAAUACAAACUAUCAGUGUUGUUUAACCUUAUUAACAAAAAUCAAUCGUUACCAUUCAAGAUUGAAGAUUUCUGCUAACUCAUUACAUUCUCAAACAACAGUCAAACGCUGAAGCCAAACGGUGUUCAGGGCUUGACACUUUUUUCACAAAUAUUAGGGAAAUAAAGAGGUGUGUCUUAUGAGUCAACAUAAGUAUUAUUAUUUUAAAUCAAUUUUAGGUCAAUUGGUCACAUGACAUGGAAGCUAUUGAGGGAAAACCGCCUUUUUUGAGAACAUCAACAGGAAAUUUAUUGACGGUCCCUUAUUCAACACCCGAUGUUGACAACGAGGAUGCUAAGUAGAUUUAACCGCGCUGCUGUUGCUAUUCCCAAUUAUGGAGAGUGAGAAGACACCGGUAGAUCCACAGUGAAUGUCCGUCGAAUAUCCAACCUGAAACUAACUUCACCGCUGUAUUUACAUGAAAAAACAUUUGUUGCCUUGGCUAAUUUUUUUAAUGCGCAUAUGUGCCCCUAAAUACAUUUAAAAAUUCACACACAUCUAUUUUUAGAUGCAUUUUUGGAUUUAUAGAUGCAAAUGUGAGUGAAAUGGUCGCACUGUCGAGGUCUGGUGUUACCAAAAACUUGAACACUGACACCAAAGGUCUGAUUCCUCAGUAGCUGAUGCAGGAUUUAGUGGUGCAGGCACAGCACACAGAAAGUUUUUACCCGGUAUCUAGACUCCAAACAGUCUGGUUUAGUGUAAAUAUAACAGGAGGUCUGGAGUCUUCUGCUACUGUCAGCUCAGACACCCAUAUUCAGUCUCUUUGAACUGCUGGUAGCACGACCUAUCAACAACUCUUACCACUGACGGAUCCUCUCCCUAAGCACUCCACCUGCUUGGCUUGCACAGACCCACUCACACACAUAUGCAGAUGUACAGCACAGAAAGUACACCCACUCCAACACAGAUAACAGUCUCACAGUAAAACGGUCACAGAGAUGCAGUACGACACAAGCACAGCCAACACUGUGACAGCUGCUUCUUCAUACCUCCAGUCAAGAGCAAGUGUUUGUCUUCCAGGCACAGCUGACGUUGCACCUUGAUAAUAUUUUUGUCCUUUUCUCCUAAAAACUAAGACUAAUGGUAAUAUAGACGCUGUCUUCUCUGCCAUCUGACUCAAGCAGUAGUUGAAUCAGCAGGUGUCGCGUGCACACUGAUGCAGCUAUAGUUUUAUUCUUCUCAAGUUCUCAUUAGUAACUCUUGUCAUGCUGUCGGAUUCUCAAGGGACCGUCUGGCAAUGCGACAGGUGCGCUCCAUUCUGCAGCACCUGGGCCUCACCAGCUCCACGUGUGACGACAGCUUCCUGGUGAAGGAGGUGUGCAGCGUGGUCGCCCGCCGUGCAGCUCAGCUCUGCGGCGCAGGCUUAGCAGCUGUGGUCGACAAGAUCAGAGAGAACCGCAACCUGAAUCAGCUCUCCAUUACGGUGGGAGUGGACGGCACCCUGUACAAGACGCACCCUCAGUAAGGAUCAGUCGGGUUUUAUCUUUGAUUAACAUAAGAGUAUUUUAUGAAGUCCCACAAAGCACAAACCUCUCAUGCUAACUUAAGCUUUGAAUCAGAAGAGAGUAAAAUUUUGAAAUGACUACAAAGUCCAGAAACAGUCAAGCUUUGAGCGGUAACACUGACCCUAAAGAAACAUCCACCGUUGAUUGAAUUCAUACCUGAUAUCCUAAUCCUGUUUUGUCCCUUUUCCCCUCAAGUUUCUCCAGCAUCAUGCAAGAGACUCUGCAGGACUUGGCCCCACAGUGUCAGGUGACGUUCCAUAAGUCAGAGGAUGGAAGUGGAAAGGGAGCAGCACUGAUCACGGCUGUGGCCUGUAGGAUCCAGAAUGAAGAGCAGAACUGAAUCCUUCAGGCGGCAGCAGCGGACAGGUAGAAAGCAGAGCCUCUAAGACUGACUUCCUGUGCCGGGCCAGCAAAAUGAAGUCCCAACACACCUGGACCUGAGCUCAGAUCUUUAUCGCUGUAGUGUUCAAUCUGACUCAAGUCCACCUUUGAGACUACGAGCCCUUUAUCUGAUUUUUAGUCUAUAACUGCAGAAACUAGUUCAUAAUCACAAGUUGUUGUUUUUGUGUGUGUAAAGAGUAGCACCUUUUGAGACAUAUGACUGUUACAAGCUGUACGACAUAUUUGUACACUUUUUAAAAAAGACUUUCACAAGACAGCCUGAUGACGGGAAACCUCCACACAGUGCCUCUGAAUAAAAAAAAGAGAUAGACACUGUAGAAAAAAAGCUCGAUUGAAAAUUAGGAGGUUGUGUUAGCAUUAAAUAGUAAGUAAGUAAAAUAUAUUUAAUAUAGCACCUUUCAUAGAAAAGAUUCACAAAGUGCUUCACAGUAAAAAAUUCAAAAUACAAUCAUAAACACCAAAGUAAAAUCAAAGAACAAUAACAAACAAUGGCAUAAAUACAUCAUUAGUUAAAACAGGGAGAGAUAAAGCUCUGUUUAAAUAAGUGAGUCUUUUUAAAAGUGACAAUGGAAACAGCUGAAUGAAUAUUAGUGGGUAAAAAAAUAGAAGCUUUGUGCUUUAAUAUCCAGCUCAACUUUGAAAGAAGAGAGUAUCGACAUUAAACUCACCUGCAUGAGUUCGGCAUUGAGAGUACUUUUUAUUAAUAGUUUCAGAUGAGCACUAUAGUUUAUUGAAUCAGAGGUGGAUUUUAUUACAGUACAUUCAUAGUUUCAGAUCAAGUUUUAACAUUAUGAUUAGCACCUUUUACUUCAAGUAGAAAUCUUUUAUUCAUGGCAGCACAUUACACACUAGAGUGGUAUUCAUUAAGACAGCGGUUAAAGAAACACUGAGUGUCAACUAUGGAAAAGUGAAGCCUUAAAAGACUGAUUAUGACUGACUAACGACGACUCACAGUGUUUCUUGGUGCAAGUACAAGACUAAAACCCUGCCGAAGGACAGAGAACAGAUUAUACUGUAGCAGAGAAACCCUAAAAUGUAAAGGGAUCAACAAAAGGGAUCCUCAUGUAGUUACUGAAAGAGGGACUAACUGAAAGCACUGUGGUAUAAAAGCAAAGGCCAAAGAUUAGUUACACUCCAGGGACUGGGGGUUAAAGGGAUACAGGGAUUAAGGACAGGGUGACAUCUGUUUGUUUGUUUGUUUGUUUUUGAUUAUUUUUAUCUUGCCAUGUUGUUUAUUUUAUUUAUUUUCUUCUCUAAUGUAUUUAAUUAGGAUUAUAAUAAGAAACAGACAAUCUGACAUCCUUUAGAUCUGCAGCUGCUGAUUUAAGAAUCGCUGUUACUGCCUUAAAGACGAGUAAAGACCUGGUUUUUAUUAAAAACAUCAUCCACUUUCCAAGUCAUUUUGAGUGUUCCUUGUUAAAUAAGUUUUCUUGGUGUUGCUCACAGAAACUGAAGAUAUCCCAUUUACAACAUAUUCAUGUUUUCUAACCCGUUGAAUCAAUCGUCCUGUUUUUUGAUAUGAAAUCGGCUUUGAACUCUUUGCUCCAUCAAGUACAUAUCCAAUAUUUAUUUGAAAAAACAGUUUUUUUUCUUGCUUUUAAAAAGUCUGAGUCUGACCGUUACCACAUCGCUGUCUGAUUGAUAUCACUGAUCAAAACAGUUUUCAAUAAAGUUGCUCUUGAAUUGCU